AUGCCAGAAGAGAAUUCUCCGUUGCUGCCUCAGCACAAUCCGGCCUCUACGUCACCUCGGGCGAGCCGGACGUCGAGGUCGGUAUCAUUCAAUCCGCUCACGCAAAUCAGCACCUAUGGUACCUCCUCGACCUCCGAUCCUACGUUCCGACCCUUGCAUACGGGUUCACCUCCAGUCCUCAAUGUUAAUGCCCAGGGUACCCAGCCCCGUCCGGGCAGCCAGCCCAUGCUCUCAGCAUUGAACAGCAAACUCCGUCGCCGCAACAGCCAUGGCGCUGCUCCCUUCAACGCUUCAUCAUACCCAUCCCACCCGGCGUCUAAGAUUGGACCGCAGCGAACUACGAAGAAAGCGCAGAAACUGAAGCUGCUCCCCGAUCCGGUGACCGAAGAGGAAGAAGCCUCUGAUGGAGAUUUCCCUCGGGAUGUCUAUUCGCAAAUCACUCGAAUCAAGGAUCCCGCCGCACGAAGCCAUGCUGCCCGACUAGGCAAGGCCGACCGCGAUCGCAUUCCUCGAGUCACAGCUUACUGUACGGCUAAUUCGUAUCGGUUGGAGGGCGUGAUCAAGUUCCUCAAGUCGCGAAGCAAGACCCGUGGAGCGAAUCCCAAACUUUACGACGAAUGUGUCUACUCGCCUUUCGACUACCAAUAUGAAGAAAAGCAGAAGGGCCGGAUGUUCGCCGACCCAAGUGGCAAUGGACACCCUGAGCGACGACCCAGCGAAAGAAGGUACUCGGACAGUGCCGUGGAGGUGGAAGACAACAAAAAGAGCCGAAGGGAUGAUUUAAUUGAUUUGCAUGAAGAGGCUGGACAUUCAGCCGACCAUACCGAGCAAGCAGUCGUCCAAGAUACCCCCGACAUUGACACCACAAUCCACACACCGGAGGUAUUCCUCUUUGAUUACGGCACAGUCGUAAUAUGGGGAAUGUCGCCAGCGCAAGAAUCACGAUUCUUGUCAGACAUCUCGAAAUUUGCGACGUCCAUCUUGAGUCCUGAUGACACGCAGAUUGAGAAUUUCAACUUCUACUAUGCGCGUGAAUACCAGGCCAGGAUCUACAACGACUUUAUCUCUCUUCGUGACCCACGAAACAACAUGAUCAAGCUGGCUAUCUCUCAUGCUCUAGCCCAAUCUGUCAAGACCUCGCUUUUCGAGGAUCUUCUGUCUGAAACCAUUACCGACACCGCGCCUCUGCCUGCCCAGAUUGCGCAGACUGGUAGUGUCAACCUCACACGCAAGCAGAUCAACAUGCAGAUCGGAGAGCUGUUUAUUCUCCGCAUCAACAUCCAUUUACAGGGAUCUGUCCUAGAUAGCCCGGAACUUUUCUGGGCAGAGCCACAGCUGGAACCUGUGUACCAAGCAGUUCGAAGCUAUUUGGAGAUGGAUCAACGUGUCAGUCUGUUGACAGAGAGAUUGGAUGUUAUUGCGGAUUUGCUUGCCGUCCUCAAGGAUCAAUUGACCCACCGCCACGGCGAGUAUCUCGAAUGGAUUGUCAUUGUUUUGAUCGCCGCGGAAAUCCUCGUGGCCGCAAUCAAUAUUGUUGUGGAUCUCUACGCUGGAGUGGAUUAG